AUGCGGAGCAAGCGUGCCAGCAUUUUCGCAAUGGGCUGGCUGGCAGCGGUGCUGGCCACAGUGAACCUCGAAAUCGUCACGAUAGUCACCCCGCCCCUUCUUCCGAUGUCAAGGGAAGGCCUUCUUCGUGCCGCUUGUACCCGCCCAAGACCCAUGCCACCGCCUGAUGAGAAGCCCAUGGAAGGCAAGAGGUACAUGGCAGCAGUGUCCGAUGUACUUAUUAGGCAGGUCUCACAGCCCGUCACCUUUCAUCGUGCCGAGUAUCUCUCCAAAGUGAUCACACACCUCCCAGAGGAGGGCAUGAGACAUGGCCAGCAAUUUCCAUGUGAACACCUGCUUUUCGCGGGCGGAAAGUGCGCAUCCAUCUGGAACACGCACGACCCAGUAGGGACAGAUUAUUCAAGCUCGUCGUGGAUCGGGGCAUUGCUGUCAUUUGUCGCGCAGUACCUGCAUAGCGACAAGUUUGACAGAGCUAACACGAGCGAGAUCAUGGCCAUUCGGGUGGUUUUGAAUGACCUUCAAAAACAACUGGACUUCGCUUGUCGAGAUUGCAGCAUCGCAGAUGGCACAACAGCUCUUCCAGUCCAAGUCGAGCUGUUCAUUCACGCAUGCUUCUUCUCUCUCUGCGCAGCAGCAGUCAGUGGCGGCCUGUCAGCUGUUUGUGCCAGACACAUGCUUCAGCAGUAUCACGCUGACUUUGCGAGAUACAGAAACUUGGAUGUCUUCCUCAUUGGUGCAUGCAUUGCCUUUACGAGUGUUGGCUGCCUCGACAGUUUGAGCCUUGUGAACCUGCACGACACUGUGCGUGUAAUCCUGCAGGGCUUCGUCGCAGGCAGUGCAGGUUUUGUGGCCGCGGCAGAACGACUUCGGCAAUGA